GGCGAAGCUGAAGAAGCUCUGGCAGAGGCCAUGCCAGCCCUGGAAGCGGCCAAACGGGCCCUCGACGAGCUGGACAAGAAUGAUGUCACUGAAAUUCGAGCCUUCGCAACGCCCCCAAAACCGGUGCAAAUGGUCGGUGAGGCCUUGUGCUUCGUGAUGCAAGCCAGUGACUCGAGUUGGAAGUCGGCUCGAGGUCUGAUGGCUGACGCCGGUUUCAUCAACACCCUCCAGACUCUGGAUGCUGAGGCGAUACCCCAGAAGAAUAUAAAUGCAAUCAAAGGUAGGCGGACGGGGAAGCAGUUAUGCCUUCCUGUGAUUUAA